GAGAUUCUCCUCAGAUUGGAGUCAGAUAUGAAAGGUGUCGCUCUUACAAUGAUGCUCUCUCUAUUUAUUCUCUUUCUGGACUCUAAAGGCUGAUUCUGAUGGAUGUAACGACAGGAAAAGCACAUUUAUUCUUUAAAGAGCGGAUGUGAAACUUUAACAUUCUCAUCUUCAUCACGAGACUCGUCAGUUAUACGAAACUUUCUCUGUUUUUUUGUCAGAUGAUUUAUUGUUAAGAUGUUGUCUUUAUAUUCUCUGCUUUUCUCUGUGAGUGUGUGUGUGCUGAUGGUCAGUGCUGGUCCGGUUCUGCUGGACAAGAGUCCUGCGUGUCACUCCACACUCAAACAGCUUCAUGCUGGACAGCAGGUGACCGUCCACAUCCCACCCGACAUCUCAGGACACUGGGUGUCCAACAGCUGCGAGGUGCGACCUGGCCCGGAAUUCAUCACUCGCUCCUAUCACUUCUACCCCAACCACACCUUCCAGGCGCUGCAGUUCUACUACCUGGACAACCACUGCAGUCAGCCCAGCUACAGCCUCCUGAUCCAGGGCAGCGUCCGCCCGCAGCAGGCCUCCUGGGUCGUACGUGGAGGCACGGUGUCCGAGUACCAGCUGAGCAGUGUCCAGCUGCUGUGCCACGGCCCGGCGACGGCGCACGUCCAGCGGCGCCUGGAAUCGUCCUGCGACCUGCGGCAGCCGCUGCGCCCCGGCCUGACGUAUGAGCUGUGGGCGGAGGGUCGUGACUGCACCCGUGGCUUAGACUUCAGCAUGCAGGAACUGCAGCUCAUGCGGCUGGAGAGGCGCGAUCACCAUGGCGACCCCAGCAGACAGGCGGAGGAGCUGUUCCUGGGAGACGUUCACACUGAGCGCGCUCAGAGGAGACUUCACCAGCCCUCUGGCUACCAGACCCCCCUUCAGAGCGCCAAGACCGCCGGCCGGCGCUGUGGAAUCUGUCAGAUUGUCGCGUCGGCCGAUCUUCAUCAUCCUCCGGUCUUGCCGCCCCAAAGUGACCGCCCGGUGCGUCUCCAUGGAAACUGGGUGAGCGCGCGGUGCGAAGCGCGGCCGGGCGUCCUCUUCCUCACCCGCCGGCUGACGUUCCACGAGGACAGCCGAACCUGGGAAGGACAGUACGAGCACUUCUCCGACCCCGUCUGCCGUCACCCCACCUUCAGCAUCUCCGCCAGCGGACGCUACACCCGCGGAGCUCCGUCCGCCGCCGUCAUGGGUGCCGUCGAGUUCACCUUCACCGUGACCCACAUGACAGUGACGCCCAAGGACGUGGCCACCACCUCCCUCCUGAACGUCUUCAGAGGGCGCGAGUGCGGCGCUGAGGGAUCCUGGAAACUGGGCAUCCCGCAGGACGUGACCUCGACCUCCGGCUGCGCGGCGCUGGGCAUCCGUCUGCCUCACACUGAGUACGAGCUCUUCAGCAUGGGGCAGGACUCUUCUGGACGCAGCCUGCUCUAUAACGGCCAGAGGCCGACCAACGGCUCCAGUCCUGACCGGCCCGACAGACGCGCCACGUCUUACCAGUCUCCACUGAUUCGCUGCAGCAGCCAGCAGGGGGAGCCGCGCGUGGGCAGAGAAGGAGACCAGCACUUCAGACUGAGCGCCGCAUGCGACAUGAAGACGCUGGACGGCUUCAUCGUAUUGGUCAUGAUGCACAUGUUCAUGCAGCUGGAUUUCUAACGAGACACUUGAUUUAUCACCGUUUGCACUAGUUGAAGCUGCUCGUAUGUUUUAAACUCUUAUGAUCAUCGAACGCAAACAGAUGAGCUGACUGAAAACCAAAAAAUGUGAGCAACCAAACUGCAUCCGACAGACUCAGAAGGGAACAAUGAAGCGUGACUCGACGUGGUGACACAUGCAUGCGCACUAAUGUACUUCCUGUUCAUUCUGUACAGUGUCACAUUUACUUGAGCUCAUCAUACAUUAUUUAACUCAACAAUUACAGUUAAAAUAAUGCCAUGCUAUCUAGUUUCUCAGAAGCUCUAGAGCAGAUGAUUUAAUGGAGAAUCAGUGCUGUAAAUACAGGUGCUGGUCAUAUAAUUAGAAUAUCGUGAAAAAGUUCAUUUUUUUAUUGUAAAUUAUUUUAAAAAAUGAAACUUUCAUAUAUUCUAGUUUCCCUACAUGUAAAGUAAAACAUUUCAAAAGUUUUUUUUUUUUUAAUUUGUUGAUUAGAGCGUACAGCUCAUGAAAGUCCAAAAUCCAGUAUCUCAAAAUAUUAGAAUAUUUACAUUUGAGUUUCAUUAAAUGACCAUCCCUACAGUAUAAAUUCCGGGUAUCUUUUGUUCUUUGAAACCACACUAAUGGGGAAGACUGCUGACUUGGCAAUGGUCCAGGAGACAAUCAUUGACACCCUCCACAAAGAGAGUAAGUCACAGAAGGUCAUUACUGAAUGGGGUGGCUGUUUACAGAGUGAUGUAUCAAAGCAUAUUAAAUGCAAAGUUGACUGGAAGGAAGAAAUUGGGUAGGCAAAGGUGCACAAGCAACAGGGAUGACCGCAAGCUUGAGAAUACUGUCAAGUAAAGCCAAUUCAAACACUUGGGAGAGCUUCACAAUGAGUAGAAUGAAGCCGGAGUCAGCGCAUCAAGAGUCACCACACUCAGACAUCUUCAGGAAAAGGACUACCAAGCCACUUCUGAACCAGAGACAAUGUCAGAAGCAUCUUACCUGAGCUAAGGAGAAAAAGAACUGGACAGUGAACAGUGGUCGAAAGUCCUCUUUUCAGAUAAAAGUAAAUUUUGCAUUUCAUGUUGAAAUCAUGGUCCCAGAGUCUGAAGGAAGACUGGAGAGGCACAGAAUCCAAGCUGCUUGAAGUCUAGUGUGAAGUUUCUGAAGUCAAUAAUGAUUUGGGGGGGCCGUGACGUCUGCUGGUGUUGGUCUAUUGUGUUUUAUCAAGUGCAAAGUCAAUGCAGCCAUCUUCCAGGAGAUUUUGGAGCACUUUAUGCUUCCAUCUGCUGACAAGCUUUAUGGAGAUGCUGAUUUCCUUUUCCAGCAGGACUUUAGCACCUGCCCACAGUGCAAAAACCACUUCCAAGUGGUUUGCUGAGCAUGAUAUUACUGUGCUUUAUUGGCCAGCCAAUAUGCCUGACCUGAAUCUAUGGGAUAUUUUCAAGAGAAAGAUGAGAAACAGUCGAUCCAACAAUAUACAGAUGAUCUGAAGGCUCAAUAGUGCCUCAGCAGUGCCACAGGCUGAUCACUUCCAUGCCACACUUCACUGAUGCUGUAAUUUGUGCUAGGAGCAAGUCAUUUGCUGUAAUAUGUCCUGCCGAUCAAGUAUUGAGUGCACAAAAGAACAUACUUUAAAGAACUUGAACUUUUCUGUUUUGCAAAUCCAUUUUUUGAUUGAUCUUAGGAAAUAUUCUAAUAUUUUGAAAUCCUGGAUUUUGGACUUUCAUGAGCUGUACGCUCUAAUCAUCAAAAUUAAAAAAAAAAACUUUUGAAAUGUUUUACUUUACAUGUAGGGAAUCUAGAAUAUAUGAAAGUUUCAUUUUUAAAAAUAAUUUAUAAUAAAAAAAUGAACUUUUUGAUGAUAUUCUAAUUAUAUGACCAGCACCUGUAUCUGGGCCGAAGCCUGUAAAUUGCAGUAAAUAUUGGUUUGUAAAGGACCUGAAAGAAACCUUGUCUCAUGAUGCCUGAAUGAAGCUCAACACAGAAUGGACGUGUGAACUCUGUCUUUUCCUGUGACUCUUACAGUUUAGGGUUAUUAUAGUGAACAAAAACCAUUUUAAAAAAUCCAUACUUGAAAUAGUUAACAAAAAUAAAAUAAAAUAAUUUAUUUA